AUGCCUAUAAUGUCAUUAUUAAAGACUUUACAAAGCACACCAGCGACUAUAACUAUUUUCCACAAUAGCAAGAUCCCUCUCUCCAAUAAAUUAUUCAGAAUAUUACAAUCAGCAGCACAUCGACAACUGCACACACCAAACACCCCAUUUGCAGCCGUGCCUGUACCCAAGUUCGAAAUCAACGUCAUGAAAGAUCAAAUGCCAACCUACGACCAAUAUCUUCACUUUUUAAACCAAUGCAACCACGACAAGGCCUCAUUGCAUGAUUCAUAUCCGUUCUUGAAGGGACGCAAAAAGCAUUACUACGAGACUUCGCACAGUGGUCAUUCCGUGACGAUUCGUGGGGUUGAUAUGGAUAGAAUAUUCACUGAGGAAGAGUAUGAAAUGAUUUACGAUGCAUUUAACAAGAUUCAAGAAUUAGGCGACAAUAUUCGCGAUGUUACUCCUGCUGAUGUAUUCAAGGCGCCAUUGGUGGUUGAUUGGGAUCAAAACAAAUUGGCACACGAUGAAGCCACCUUGAAGACAAUGUUGGCGAAGUAUGUACCGGAGUCGGAACAUUAUUCGGGAUCUGGUACUGGUAUUGCCAUGGAUGCCCAGCCUGUUGUUAACUAG